AUGGACUCCAUUAAAACCUCACAAAUUGAGACAGCCAUACAACACAUAUCAGAGUCAGUGUUUGUGGGACUGUGUCAGAAAUUGGGAACCUCACAACUAGUGGUCAUGAGGAGAGAUUUGGUGGACAUUAAUGAUAUCGUGAGAAAUCAAAUGAAAACACUUAAUGAGUACAGUAGGAUGGUGAGUGGAAGUCAAAGAGAAGGAUUCAGACUGAAAGGAUCAGAUGUAGACUUUAUGUACUGGCCAAAUAAUCACCGUGUGAUCUGGAAAUUUUCUCAGUCUCAGUAUUACAACACAGACAGGCAAACACUGAUUCUCUGUGAAUGUUCCGAUAGUCCACCCGGAUAUACUUUGUUAUAUUUACUGUCACCAAGCCUGGAGAGAAAAAUCCAGAGAGCUUGUGUUGAAAUGAAUAAUAGACAUUAUAUAUCUAGUUCUAUAUACAAACAGAAUAUGUGUUCUGUAGCAAUACCAAAUUCCACUCCACAUGGACCCUGUACCAGUGGAACAAUUCGUAGACUAGAAUAUGAUCAAGCCCUCUGUUUUGUUAGUGACUUUUGGCCUCCAUCUGCCUCCUCAUGGAUAGACAGAUGUCACUCAUGGCCCAAGCCUCAUUUCGUUAAUAACAUUGUGAAAAUGGGAUGUCUCUUUGUAGCAAUAGGACAUAAGAUAGGAAGACAUGAAGACCAUGAAUGGAGAAUUUCUUUCUCUCUGGCAGAACAAAAACUAGUGAAUGCAAUGAAUCAUUCUCAAUUCUUAACUUAUGGCUUACUUAAAGUGUUCUUAACAGAAAUAAUUAACAAUGGACUAGAUGAUGAUCAGAAAAAACUGAGUUCCUAUCACAUGAAGACAGCAGUUUUCUGGGUUAUUCAACAAAAACCAAUACCUCACUGGUGUCCACAAAAUCUCCUGGCGGGUUUCUGGGUCUGUUUUAAACAUAUCCUCAAAUGGGUGUAUGAGGGGGUCUGUCCUAACUUUUUCAUUCCAGACAACAACAUGUUUCUCAGUAAAAUUGAUGGUGAAGCUCAACAUCAACUAUUUUUCAGAUUGUAUAGCUUGUAUGAGAAGGGAUUAGCAUUCCUGCUACACAGUCCCUCCAUUGGAUCUUAUAUUAUAAAUGUCCUUCAUAACCCCAGACUUUCCAUAUGUACAGAUGAACAUACAUUGAUUUCUGAGGCUGAGUUUGAUAGAAACCUAUAUGGUGAAAUACAAUGCUAUGACACCAUUUACAAAUUCAACAUACAAGGCUGUAUGCGACAUCUACAUAUAUUAGAACAGAUGAUAGAUUCACCCCUCCUGACACA